AGAGUUUUCCUCGUUCAUAUCAGACGAACCAAAUUGUAUACCUAGGUACAUCAAGAAUACCUCGACAUCUGGAGAUCAGCUUUGAAAGGACUUCCUAGUUCAACAAGGGUCUUUCUUAUCUGUGCGACCUUGGGUCUUAUCGAUCACACACCAUCACACACAUAGCUUCCUUCCUUGUUAUAUUUGCGCUACUAGCUUCCACCUAUGCGGUCACCUCGCAUAGCUUCUGUAGCGGGGAGCUUGAUUAGGCGCCUACUAGGUAGGUACAAGGUUGUCUUCAAAUUGACUUGACCUAACAAAUUCAUACACUUGAUACUCCUAAUACUCCUAUUCCUGUUCCUGUUCCUGUUAUUCUUACUAUUCCUAACUCCUACAACCAUCUCAAAAUACUCAUUUUCCUCUAACUUAGGCAAAUCAGUCAAGAAGAUGGCCCCCGCUACUGAUAACUCCGCGAACUCUCUUGAGUCUGGUACUGCCGCAGGAGUACCGGACGAUGGCACUGGUGUUGUCCAGUUAGAUCCUUGGUUGCAACCGUUCGAGGGCGCCCUGAAGAGAAGAUACGCAAAAGCUCAAGACUGGAUAAAAACGAUUGACGAAACUGAGGGUGGACUUGAGAAGUUUUCUAAGGGGAUAGAGAAAUUCGGUCUCAACGUUGACAAGAACAACAACAUCUUGUACCGAGAAUGGGCUCCAAGUGCCAUCGAGGCUUUCCUAAUCGGAGACUUCAAUGGCUGGAAUAGGGGCUCUCAUCCUAUGAAGAAGGAUGCAUUUGGAGUGUGGGAAAUCACCGUGCCCGCGAAAGACGGACAACCAGCUAUCCCACAUAAUUCUAAGAUCAAGAUCUCUAUGACCUCGGCAUCUCAUGAGCGUAUCGACCGCUUACCAGCCUGGAUUAAGUACGUGACUCAAGAUCUAAGCGUCUCGCCGGCCUACGACGCCCGCUUCUGGAAUCCUCCCGCUUCUGAAAAGUAUGUGUUCAAAAAUGCUCGGCCCAAGAAGCCACUGAGUGCCCGCGUGUACGAAGCACACGUAGGAAUCUCCUCGCCGGAGCUGCGAGUCACAACAUACAAGGAGUUCACCAAGAGCAUGCUACCAAGGAUACAGAGCCUGGGAUACAAUACUAUCCAGCUCAUGGCUAUCAUGGAACAUGCUUACUAUGCUAGCUUCGGUUACCAAGUAAACAAUUUCUUUGCCGCAAGCAGUCGCUACGGCACACCGGAGGAUCUCAAGGAGCUAAUCGACACCGCCCACGGCUUGGGUCUGGUCGUGCUUCUUGACGUUGUUCACAGCCACGCCUCAAAGAACGUGCUUGAUGGCUUGAACGAAUUUGAUGGUUCAGAUCACCUUUACUUCCACGAAGGCGCAAAAGGUAGACACGAACUAUGGGACAGCAGGCUUUUCAACUACGGAAGCCAUGAAGUCAUGCGAUUCCUACUGAGCAACCUGAGAUUCUGGAUGGAUGAAUACAAGUUUGACGGCUUCCGCUUCGAUGGUGUGACAAGUAUGCUCUAUGUUCACCACGGCAUUGGAACAGGAUUUUCUGGUGGAUACCAUGAGUACUUUGGUGCACAAGUCGAUGAAGAAGCUGUAGCCUACCUCAUGGUCGCGAACGAACUGCUUCAUAAACUCUACCCCGAGGUCAUCACGGUUGCAGAAGAUGUUUCUGGUAUGCCUGCCCUCUGCCUCCCAUUAUCACUUGGUGGUGUUGGGUUCGACUAUCGAUUGGCUAUGGCUAUCCCUGAUAUGUGGAUUAAGCUCCUCAAGGAGAAGAAGGAUGAGGAUUGGGACAUGUCCAACAUCUGCUGGACUCUUACCAACAGACGCCACGGCGAGAAGACAAUUGCCUACUGCGAAAGUCACGAUCAAGCUCUCGUGGGCGAUAAGACACUUCUUAUGCACCUCUGCGAUGCUGAAUUGUACACCAACAUGUCGACACUCACCACCUUAACACCCGUCAUCUCGCGGGGUAUGGCAUUACACAAGAUGAUCAGACUACUAACACACGGUCUCGGCGGCGAGGGGUACCUCAACUUCGAAGGUAACGAAUUUGGACACCCUGAAUGGCUCGAUUUCCCUCGAGAAGGAAACCAAAACUCGUUCUGGUACGCGCGGCGGCAGCUGAACCUUACUGAGGAUCCCCUGCUACGGUACAAGGACCUGAACGAGUUCGACCGCCAGAUGAACAAGACAGAAGCUCAGUUUGGGUGGCUUCACGCGCCACAGGCAUACAUCAGCCUCAAGAAUGAAAGCGACAAGAUCAUCGUGUUUGAGCGCGGUGGAUGCGUCUUCAUCUUCAACUUCCACCCCACUCAGAGCUUUGCCGACUACAGAAUCGGGGUCGAUGUACCCGGGACGUACAAGAUCGUACUCGAUUCUGAUACGAAGGAGGUUGGUGGCUUCGCAAGGCUCGACCCGAGCACCAAGUUCUUCACCACACCUAUGGAGUGGAAUGGUAGAAAGAACUGGACGCACAUUUACAUACCUUGCCGCACAGCUAUUGUUCUUGCGCUAGAGAAAGCUUAAACGGGUGGAUAGCUACCCAAAUAACAGGGGAUGAUUGUAGAAAAGGAGGAUGCGGUUUGUGAUAUCUAUGGUGACUCGUGGGUGUUUGAAAAGUAUAUCCUCAAAAAGCAGGAGUCUUGGUAAAGAACGAGAAGGGUCAUGAUGUUUUGUUUGGCGGGGAUAUGGAGGAAACGGCAACAUAUUCGGGGGCAGUGGUUGAUUGGUUGAUGGCGGUGGUGACGGUUUUUAUAUUCUCAAAAAAUGUUCGCUUGUCAUAUUUUAUUUACGUGGGUCAUGAGUAUCCUAGGUAGAAUUGGCCUGGGGGCUUGGUAUAUCUAGGUAAUAUGAUUCAAAGAUACCUACCUA